AAGAUAGGAUAGUGCUCUCAGCAUAGUUGUAGAUGGCUCCUGGAAAAAGACCACGUCCACCUAUCAUACCUAAGCAGUUAGAGGAUAAUGUGAAUGCAGCACAUAAGAUGACAAAGAAUGACAUUCAAAGACUUAGUACUGAUCAACUCAGCCAAGGUCAAGAAGGUAUUCCUCCGUUAGUGCAAACUAGUGGGACAUGUAGGAGGUUAAACACCAACCUCACAGUGGAAAUGAUUUUUGACACAGCACAAAAGAGGACACGAAGUGGAAGGAUUAUAGGUACAAGUCCAAUCAAGGAAGCUAAUAGAACUCCUCCAAAUGUGCAAGUUGAUGUUGCUCAUACUAGCCUCAACAGAAACUCCACAACACGUAAGAUGACUGAUAAUGAUAGCAAGAGAGGAGGCAUAGACCGACAACUUCAAGGUGUUGGGAAUCUAGAGAACACUACAACUAAUGCGACAUUGCAAGCCAAUGGAACACAUAGUAGGCAUCAAAACAACUCCACAUCUCGAAGGAUGACUCGUAGUCACAGUCGGAUAGUUGGUAUAGAUGAACUCAUGCGGGGUUUUGGGAAUGUAGAGGACACCAUAGCCCCUGCAAUAAUGGACACGAGUGAGACACCUUUUGAUCCCAAUAACAACACCUCUACCAUGGAUGCUGAUUCUACCACUGGUAAGGAUGAAAGUUCGGGGGACAGUCGAGGUGUUGGGACAGACAAAUUGAUCCAAGCAAAUGGAAGUCGACCACUUGGUGGGGUUGAGAUUAAACCCGAAAAUAAUGCUCCGACUGGUGUCAACAGUAGUAGAAUGAAAUCUGAAAUAGGAACCAUUGUAAGAAAUUAUGCACCAUUGGACGUUGAGAAGUGGGCUGAUAUAUCAGAAAGUGACAAAGUUUUCAUGAUGGAGAAAUUGCAGGAAAAGUUUAUAAUUGAUUUUACUCAAGAUCAUGUGAAAAAGGCUAUAGAAGGCAAAAUGGCUGCAAGAUACAGAGAUCACAGAAACAAGUGCCACAAGCAUUUCAAGAAGUACCCAACAAUAGCUUUGGCAAAGCAGAAUCCAUAUAAGCAUGUUAGUGAUCAAAAGCAGUGGGAUUGGUUAUGUGAUAGAUUUGCCUCAGAAAAAUUCCAGCGACGCUCAACAUUGAACACUGAAAACAGAAUGAAGUUACCUUUUACUCAUCGAGGUGGAUCACGGUCCUUUGUACAACAUGUGGAAGAAUUGGAAAAAAUGUUAGAAUUGCAAAAGCAACCAGUGCUAGAAGGUGGUCAAGCCUUGAAAGAGGCUGAAAUAUGUGUUCAAGUGUUAGGGUCAAGAUCUGGAUAUAUCAAGGGCUUAGGUCAUGGCCCUCGACCACCCUCAUCCUCAUCGAAAUCUACACAUAAGUCACAUCGAGAGAUAGAAUUGGAGAAUGAGCUUAAAGCAACACGAGAGCUUUUACAAAGUCAAGAGACUCGAAUCCAGCACCAGCAGUCCCAGAUAGCUCAAUUAGCUAGUUUUGUUAGUGAAAUGCGCCAACACAUGCAUAUUCCAGGAUCAAGCUCAAGAAGUUCAUCUCCUUCAGAUGAUACACCGCUUAUGGAUUCUUAG